AUGCCGCCGCGAGCUUCGCUCACUGGAUCCUUCUCGGUUUCAGACGAGAACAAUGUUGUCGUCUGCCCGCUGCGCAACCACGACAGCUCGGCCUGUCGGAAGCGCUGCACUGGGGAAAAGCGGUACCGCUCCAUGCAGGAGCACAUUCGCCGCGCCCACCCCGAGCAUUACAUCUCGAAGCUCCCUGCUACCGAGGAGAGCUUCACGCUGAUGGUCAACACCCCUCCACAAGAGCGCCCGCCCCCGCCUCCCCAACCUACCAGCGCAGCAGGCCCACAAGGUUGGUGCCCUCGCUUUGGUGCAGGCGACUUGAGCGCCUUCUACAACGACGACUACAGCUCGGGCGACCUGCGCCUUUCGGACGACCUGCUGCGCCGAGGGUCGCUCCUGCCCGCGGCCACUGCUGCAGCCGCCCUUGCAUCGUUGCACAAUCACCGCCCAGAGUUCGAGUGGGACUCCGACCCGGAUGCAAUAUCAGAGCCGGAUUCGAAAAGCUACAGACCCCGUGCUCGGUUCGCUCCUACCGCGCUAGAGCAGCACAUCACCACCGAAGAGCCAUACUACACGUCCACGUCCAUCAACCGCGAGCUGUUGCCCUCUUCGCUUGCACGAUCGCCGCCGGGUCGCUCCUCUACACUGCCGCCGGCUCCUCGAUCUCGACCUCGUAAGCCCUCGGUGGGACAGAAUGCUCGCAAAGGCAAGCAUGAGCGGCACAGAUCCAAGGAUCAUACGCGUAGGAUGAGCUAUGACAGGAAAGCGUACUCUGCUGAGCCUCAGACAGCUGCAGCCAUCCUUGGUAAGCGGUGGGAAGAUCUCAUUGACGCUGCUGCAUCCGCCACAGAAGAAGACAGUCGAGAUCUCACUCCUGUGCCGCAAUCGCCGUUCAUGUCGCCACAUAUGAUGGAUAGCCGCAAAUCGUUGCCGCCCUUUGUAGCCUCACAACUACAGUCCUACACUGCAUCGCCGCUGGUGAACUCCCUAACACCGCCACCAGCAGACAUGUCCGAUUUGCAGCCAUUUCCCUCCGUGGAGUCGUCCAUUGAAUCAGCCAUCUCGGGUCAAAACUUCCACAUGGCCUCACAAGGCCUCUCCGACUCGUCUCCUACCUAUCCUUAUCCUGUGCAGAUAUAUUGUGCUGCCUGCCGCAAGCUUUCGAAUCUCAAAGACAGCUAUGCGUGCUCCGAGUGCAUCUGCGGUUUAUGCCAGGAGUGUGUUGACGUGCUCGUCAGCGAGCACACCCGCGGCCGAGCACCACGGUGUCCACGAUGCAGUGCCAUCGGCGGCAAGUUUAAGCCCUUCCAGCUGGACAUCAGAUGA